UAAUUAGGUCUGUGAUCCUACCAAAGACGUACGUUUUCCCAGAAACGGGUUACAAGUUCUGUUUCAACAGCAAAAUAUAAACAACUUUCAGUUACAAGUACGAGCGAAAACUUUAAAUUUAGAACUAUCAAUCGUUUUCUAAACAUUCGAACUAUUCAACUCACUCGGAACUUUGAUCUCGGUUCGCACAGACGCAUUUUAAACAGAAACCGUAACCUAAUUGAGGUUAAACCUACGAUACGGUGUCAAUAAAAGCCAUAUAAUUGCAUUACUCUAUCAAGCUCUUACAAACUAAAUAGGUCCAUUCAUGAUUGCAGUGAAGUGGUGUCAGUGAAAAGACAUGUAGACUCGGUGAACUGUAAACAGUGUCAGAGUGUAAACGUACGAAAGUGAUCGGAAAAAUGAGUGAAAAACCGGCCGGUAUCGAUGGCAAGGGCAGUGAGUGCGGGCAAGUGGACGACGAGUCGCCGGAUCUGCACUGCGACUUGUCGUUUGACGAGUUGAGGAACAGAUUCGACGCUAGCGCCGCGGUGGCGAGGCGCGGCGUUUCUUCGAACCCGGCGACGCAUGACAGUGCCAUGCGCCAGGUGGUGAGCGGGAAGGUUUUCAAGAAGUGCAAGAGCGCUACGUUUCAAAUAGAUGGCGCCACUUACACUAUAGUGGCGAGUCCGCCGGGAGGCGCGGGCGCCCGGGAGGACCCCCCGCGCCCCGCGCCGCCGCCCGCGCCGCGCAACGGCACCCCGCCCAAGCAAGGCGCACUGACCAUCGUGCGGCGCUCCUCCAGCAAGGGCAAGGAGGCCGCGACGCCCACGGACGAGCAGCUGGACCAGCUCGACCUGGACCCCGAGCACUUGCCCGCCGUCGACACGCCCGACGCCUGCGAUAAGGCCGCUCUUAGAUUACGUUACCUCCUAAGACAGUUAAACCGUGGUGAGAUAUCGGCAGAGACAUUACAAAAGAAUCUCCAGUAUGCAGCGAAAGUUCUCGAAGCAGUCUACAUCGACGAAACCAAACCCAUGGUGGCAAGACAGCAGUCGGCUCCUACGCUGGUGUUUAGACGACUGGCUGACGAGGACGAUGAGCUGUCAGAAGUGCAGCCCGACGCGGUGCCGCCCGAGGUGCGGGAGUGGCUCGCCUCCACCUUCACCCGGCAGCUGGCCACCGCCAAACGGAAGUCGGACGAGAAGCCCAAGUUCCGGUCGGUGGCGCACGCGAUCAGAGCCGGCAUCUUUGUGGACCGCAUCUACAGGCGGGUGACUAGCACGGCGCUGAUGCAGUUCCCGCAAGACGUUGUCAGAGUUCUUAAGACGCUAGACGAGUGGUCGUUCGACGUGUUUGCGCUGAACGAGGCGGCCGGCGGCGCGGCCAUCAAGUACCUGGGCUACGAGCUGCUCAACCGAUACGGCAUGAUACACAAGUUCAAGGUGCCGCCAACGGUUCUGGAGAACUUUCUCGGCCGAAUAGAGGAGGGCUACUGCAAGUUCCACAACCCGUACCACAACAACCUGCACGCGGCCGACGUGGCGCAGACCGUGCACUACAUGCUGUGCCAGACCGGACUCAUGAACUGGCUGUCAGACCUGGAGAUCUUCGCGACGCUGGUGGCAGCCGUGGUCCACGACUUCGAGCACACCGGCACCACCAACAACUUCCACGUCAUGUCAGGGUCUGACACGGCGCUGCUGUACAAUGACAGAGCCGUGCUGGAGAACCACCAUAUCAGUGCUGCUUUCAGGCUGCUCCGCGACGAGGAGUGCAACAUCCUCCAGAACCUGUCCCGGGACGAGUUCCGCGAGUUCCGCACGCUGGUCAUCGACAUGGUGCUGGCCACGGACAUGUCGUUCCACUUCCAGCAGCUCAAGAACAUGAGGGCUAUGCUGACGCUGGCCGAGCCCGUGGUAGACAAGUCUAAGGCGGCUUCAUUGGUGCUGCAUUGUUGUGAUAUCUCGCAUCCGGCUAAGCGCUGGGACCUCCACCACCGCUGGACCAUGAGCCUGCUCGACGAGUUCUUCCUGCAAGGAGACAAGGAACGCGAACUGGGCCUGCCCUUCAGUCCUCUGUGCGAUCGCAACAACACUCUGGUGGCGGAGUCGCAGAUCGGCUUCAUAGAGUUCAUAGUGGAGCCGAGCAUGGGCGUGUGCGCCGACAUGCUGGAGUGCGUGCUCGGCCCGCUGCACGGCGCCAAGGGGCCGCGGGAGCCGCGGGGGGAGGGGGGCAAGGAAAGCGAAAGCAAUAAGAAGUUCAAGAUCAGGAAGCCAUGGAUCGCGUGCCUCGGUGACAACAAGAAGAUAUGGAAGGAGCAGGCUACUAAAGAUGCCGAGGCACGCGCCCAGCAGGAGGCGUCGGAGGAGACCCCGCACACCGACAUCCCCACUGUGACGGAAGAAUAAUAUUUAGCUAGAUUUGUAAAUACCGUUAAAACAAAUUGUUAUAACAUGUUCUGUUCGCUGAUGAACAAAGACAAUGUGUAAAGUGUAAGUGAAACGCAAUGGACGUCGACGCACAAUACUUCAAGAGUGUUUCGUUUCAAAUCUAAUCUACAAUCUGUCUAUACUUACGCAUUUCUUCGCGCAUCAAUCUGGGUAAUAAUAAUAAGAACCGGGAAUAAAUUCAAUCCCACUUCUGAAUCUUAAGAACACAGUUAAACAUCAAGUUAUUCUUGUAUAAAAUAUAUUUGA